CGACUGCACUGCAUUCUACAUCUUGAUAUCCAUUUUGAUGCCCUUUAGUGAUUGGUCCUGUUAUCCAUGCCACAGGCAUCCUGAUGAUCGUUGUGGAGCGACUAGGGGGUGUUGGGGGGAGUGGUCGGGGKGGKGGGGRUYGCCAGGGKGGGGAGUGUGAGGAAGGAGGGGAGGGGGGGGGGGAAGGGGUGUGCUUUCCGAUGAUUCUGUGGCGUGUUGCUGGGGGACAUGUCUUGCUUGCGACUUGGAUUACAGUUAAUAUAUUUUUUAACUACUUCCACUGCGUCAGGACCAAUCCAGGAAAUCCCCCCGAUGUGGUGGAUGCAGAUGCCGAAACGCUUGAAUCAUUGAAGUCAGAGCCUGAGAUUGAAAAGGGGAAAGGGUUCUCUCGUUGGUGUAAACGCUGCAAGAAGGUCAAACCGCCUUUGACUCAUCACUGCCAUGUGUGUAGAAAUUGCAUCUUGAGAAUGGACCAUCACUGUCGUAUCCUUUUGAACAACGCAGGGAAUUAAUGCGGCUCAUAGAACUGCACUUGGUCAAACUUUGUCAAAGUUAAUAAUACACUUUUUCUUUCUUUCUUUCUUUCUUUCUUUCUUUCUGCCUUUCUUCCUUUCUUUGUUUGAUAAGCCCCUCAGAUGAUGAUGGGUGCCAAGCUGCUGGCAUCUGCAGCAGCAACAAGACACCAGGCAGAACCAAUGGGCAGCAGGCACAGAGGCACCAGGUGCCAGCAGCUGUGAGAGCAGCAGUGGCAUCAACAACAAAAGGCAACAAGACAC